AUAAACCUCGCACACAUAAAACAGUUUAUUUUUUGAGAUGGCUGGACAGAAUCAAAAUGGAAAUUUAAGGUUUAAUGGAUUUUUAAUAAUCGUAAUAAGUCUCAUCCCAGCGUCUGAUGCACAAUGUAGUCCAACUACAUCCGGUACCAAGCGAUUCGGAACUGGCUGUAAAUACGCAUGCCACUGCAACAACAAUGAACAAUGUGAUUAUACUACAGGUGAAUGUGGUUCAGGAUGUGACUUUGAAUGGGUCGGCCCCAGCUGCCAGUAUAAAAAUAUCGCACUUGGACAGAUAUCUCGCCAUAUCGAUAAUAUAGUAAGUGCACAGUGGUCAUCAAACGCUAAUGAUCAAGAUUUAUCUACGUGCAGUUACACUGACAGCGCUAACCCACUUGAAAGGCAGACUACGAGUCUCAGAUCAGCUGCACCUUGGUGGUCCCUUUGGCUACCUAAUCAUGCAAGAUUCAGAGAGCUCUUGUUUGUUACCAGACACGAUUCCUUGUGUAAGACCUGUACAGUGAUCUUUAGAGGUGUUGCCAGUUUUCGAUGGUUUAUCAGAGAACAUUACCAAAUCAGCGUGUUACAUUUGAUUAUAUGGUUUAAUUGAGUAUUUUAGUUUCCAUAUAUUUCAUUGAUACUUCACAACAAUUUGAAUAAAUAAUCUUUUACAAUUUUGAUCAUGCUAAAUUUUGAUU